CAUUUUAGCGAGAACGCGACAAUUUCGAAUUGUUUCCAUGGCAAUCGAGUUUGUUUAAAAAUGGAGAUUGAACCCAGAUACACGUUUGUGCCUUUGGCACAAAAAAAUUUGAUCGGAAUCAAUGACAAAGCGACUCAAGAAUGCCUUACAAAAUGGGGCAUCAAAGGAAACUACGUUGUACAGCACUUUUCAUUUAACGAACCAUUCCAGCAGUAUCAUAAAUACCAUUUGGCCGAAGCUUUCUUUAAAGACAGUGUCGUGUCGAAAGAAUUAUUGACGAAACAAGGAAAUCGUUGGGCAAGACAAGGCAUAUCGGCAUCGACCGUAGAAAUAGAGCCUGUGCCCUGUUCCGUUUUAAACAUGUCGUUCUUCAGUAAAUUAAAAGACCCAAAAAACGGGAUCGUUCACAAGUCUGGAAGUAUUUGUAAAAGAUACGACACGGAAUUAGAAAACUUCUUGAUCUCCGACAAUCUCAGAGGAAUGUUACUGGACAAAGAGUGUCCGGAGUACAAUUUAUAUUUAAAAGACGAACGCGAUGAGUUUAUAUUCCGUAUUUUCCGAAUGCUCGUACUCGGCGGAGUGCUGUGCCAAUACGAAGACUUUAUAGAUCCGUACAUCGAAACGACUAGGGCCAUUUACAAGGAUCUGAUAAGCGUACAAAAAAAAGAAGAUACAGACUUGUCGAUCAGUACCACAGUUUUAAACGUAAUAGCGAGAGACAGCAGAGGGCAGGGUUACUUCCCUUCCGACCCGUCGCACACCCAAAAUAUUGGCUUCUUACUGGUCGAUGGCACUACACGCGAAACGACGACGUUUCUACAUCAAUUCGGAGAAUACCGCCUUUCGCAAUGAGAAAAAAAAAAAUUAAUUUACACCGUAAGUGAAUUGUAUUUAUUAUACGUGUUCGUUAUCUAAUAGGAAAAGUAAUCGGUUACUUCGAUUAUGUUGUGCAUUAUUUACAUUGUACUUAUACUCGUGUUCCUGAGAGUCUAGG